AUGCUGGGUACCCCCCAGCUGCAGGCGCCUGCGAUCCUCAAUAUGGAAGAUGACCAGAACUGGUACAAGGCCGAGCUGUAUGGCUGCGAGGGCUUCGUCCCCAAAAACUACAUCAAGGUCAAGCCGCACCCGUGGUACGCGGGCAGGAUCUCCCGGCACCUGGCGGAGGAGCGGCUCCUCAAGCGCAAGCACCUGGGAGCCUUCCUGAUCCGCGACAGCGAGAGCACCCCGGGGGAGUUCUCCAUCUCCGUCAACUACGGGCAGCACGUCCAGCACUUCAAGGUGCUCAGGGAGAGGAAUGGCAAAUAUUUCCUCUGGGAGGAGAAGUUCAACUCCCUCAACGAGCUGGUGGAUUUCUACAGGACGACUACCAUUGCCAAAAAGCAACAGAUCUUCCUCCGGGAUGAGGACCAGACUCAGGAGGUGAGGAGACCCAAAUUUGUGCAAGCCCAGUUCGACUUCUCAGCCCACGACGGCUCCCAGCUGCCCUUCCUCCGCGGGGACAUCAUCGAGGUCCUGGACUACCCCGACCCAAACUGGUGGCAGGGGAAGAUCUACGGGCGCGUCGGCCUCUUCCCCCGCAACUACGUCCACCCCAUCCACAAGUGAGCUGCCGCCGGCGCUGCGGGCGAGCAGGGAGGACCCCAGCCCCCGCUGCCCCCCACUCACCGGAGCUGCUUUGUGCCUGCACGCGGACUGCACGUCCCCCUGUCCCCACGGGUGGUGCCCGUCCCCACACCAGGCUGCCGACACAUGAGGUCCCGGUGCCACAUGGGCUGUGCUGGAGGGAGAGGCCAGGCUGGCUGUGGUCCCCAUCCAGGGACUGCCUGGCUCCGGCACCCCAAAACAUCAGCCACGGCUCUCCCUGCUCCCCCAGCCCAGGAGACCCCCGCCACCCCCAGCCUGGGCAUCACCUCCCACUGCAGGCUGGCAGCAGUGCUCCCCGGGGAGGGAGCACAGAGCAGUGAACCAGAGCCAUAAAAACU